AUGGUGGCGAAAGGCGGCAAGGGCGGCAGCGGCGUGCGCGCGCCCAGCCGGGAGCAGCGGCAGAGGGAGCUGGCGCGGGAGAUGAAGUAUGCAAAGGAGUCUGGCGCCGAGGUGGUGUCUGUGGUGGACUCCAACUGGCAGCACGACGCCCGCGGCCUGCCUGGCCAGCAGUUGGGCCUCCAGCUUCUGCUGAGGGUGGUGGCAGACGUCGGCAUCGUCGGCUUCCCAAAUGCUGGCAAGUCGUCCCUGCUCGCCUCCCUGACGCGCGCCAGCCCGGCCGUCGCGCCCUACCCCUUCACCACCCUCAUGCCCAACCUCGGAGUCAUGGCCGCCGGCCAGGGGCCCGUGCUGGCCGACCUGCCCGGCCUGAUCGAGGGCGCCCACCAGGGGCGCGGCCUGGGCCGCAUGUUUUUGCGGCACCUGCGGCGGACGCGCGCGCUGCUGCAUGUGGUGGACGCGAGUGCGGAGGACCCGGCGACGGAUUAUUGGGCUGUAAGGGAGGAGCUGCGGAUGUACAACCCGGACUACUGCAGCCGCCCCCACGUGGUGGCGCUCAACAAGAUGGAUCUGGAAGACGCGGGGGCGCUGCGCCAGGAGGUGGCCGCCGAGGUGGUGGCGGCCGCCGAGAAGCUGGCCGCCGAGCACGGCCGCGGCGCGAUGCCGCCGCCGGCGGCGGUCGUCGCCGUCAGCGCGGCGAGCGGGGAGGGGCUGGGCGAGCUUGCCGCGGCGAUCGCGCGGGCGCUCGGCGGCGAGCUCGGCGGCGGUGGCGGGGUCGAGGAGCGCGCUGAGUGGGCGGAGGAGGGGCGGCGCCGGGCGCGCGCGGCCGGCGGCGGCGGCGACGGUAGUGAGGUUGCGGGCGGCGAGCAGGGCCCGCAGGCAGGCGGGGAUGAGGGAGAGGUGGAGUGGGCUGGGGAGGAGGGCGAGGAGGGGGAGGAGGGCGAAGAUGAGUGGGACGAGGAUACGCUGGCGGCGGCGGCGCGGUGGCAGGCAAUCCUGGAGGCCGAAGCUGAGCAGCAGCAGCAGCCGCAGCAAAAGCAGCAGAAGCAGCAGCAGCAGAGCACGCAGCAAGGCAAGCAGCAGCAGCAGCGGCAGCAAUUGACUGCAGCGGGGGGCGAGGAGGACGAUGCUGAUGAGGACGCCGAGGGUGUGGAUGAGGUGGCGCCUGCUGAUGACGAGGACAUCUGGCUGCUCGAGCUGAGCGAGGCCGAUCUGCUGAAGCUUGAGGUCGACUGA